GUCUGACGUGGUGUGUGCUGUGUGGUCUGCUAUCUAGAUGUUCGACUUCUAAAGAAACUAUACUCGUUUGGCUUCCCUCGCAGAUCUCUUUUCUCUCUCUUACGUUUGGCGAAACGAGCACUUUCUUAGUCUAGUCAACCCGUUAGUUUCUUUAUUUGGGUUGCAGCUCCAGUGGUUAUACUUCACUCACGCCGGGCAGUCUCUCUGCUGCUUUGACAGCAAAACAUAGGCCAAGACACAUCAGCAGCCGACACGUCUUUCUUCCAUACGGGAUUUCGGUAGUUUCGGGAAAUGGAGAAACGAACAAAGUUUUUCCUUAGUGCUGGUGGGAUAUUUACAUGCUAUUUUUAUUAUGGCAUUCAACAAGAAAAACUUAUGAAAGGUGUCUAUGGAGAAGGAGAAAAUGAGGAACGUUUCACGUGCGUCCUGGCACUUGUGUUCAUGCAGUGUGUUGUUAAUUAUCUGUUUGCCAAAAUGAUGUUAGCUACUUUUAUGAAGCAAGGCGAGGAUUCUACUAGGACUUUCUAUUAUGCUUCAUGUGCCAUGACCUUUUUAUUAGGCAUGGUCUGCAGCAAUAUGGCUCUGCAGUGGGUUAGUUACCCCUCUCAGGUUAUCGGCAAGGCUGGAAAACCAAUCCCAGUCAUGAUUCUUGGUGUUCUUUUGGCCCGCAAAUCAUAUCCACUUAAAAAAUAUAUUUUUGUGUUCAUGGUUGUAUUGGGCAUAAUUAUGUUCAUUUAUAAGGACUCCAGCAAAGCCACUGUCCAGUCUAAUGAAUCACUGAUUGGAUUUGGCGAGGUUUUAGUCUUCCUAUCACUGACAAUGGAUGGGCUCACAGGUGCCAUUCAAGACAGGAUGAGAGCUGAGCAUAGUUCCAAAUCUGGCCACAUGAUGCUGCACACCAACUUUUGGUCAGUUAUAUACUUGGGUGCUGCUAUAGUAUUAACCGGAGAAUUGAAACAAUUCAUAGGUUUUGUUGAUCGACACCCCGAAGCUCUCUGGGAACUAGCCUUCCUGUCUGUUUCAAGCGCACUAGGACAAAUGUUCAUUUACAUUAUGGUUGCUGACUAUGGUCCCCUACCUUGCUCAAUUGUAACAACAUCCAGAAAGUUCUUUACUGUUUUAGGAUCUGUAUUUCUGUUUGGUAACAAACUUCUUCCACGACAGUGGCUUGCCACAAUUCUUGUAUUUGCUGGUCUAUUUCUCGAUUCUAUGUAUGGAAAGGCUCCUGAGAAAAAGAAAUGAUAAGGCAAUCUCAGCCACCAUGCCACUGCUUGAAGUAUCUUUCAUCACACGUUCAGAGGAUUUUUCAGGAAUUUAUUUUGUAAUCUAUAAAAUAGAUUUGAAGCUAUUCUACUUUCACUGUCUUAACUGUAAUCUUUUUAUAUUUGUUAAUUUUUUGACAGAUUUAUAACUUACAUUACCUGCAGUUACUUGUAAAUCUUUUAAAAAAUCUGGACUAUCAGAACCUUAACAUACCCAUCAUGACUUUAUUUGUAUGUUUGAACUUGCCAUGAACAGUGGCAAGUUUCGAGUAAGCUGAAUGUUUUUGUUCUCUGAAAAAACUUUUGAAAAAAAUUUCUUAAUUCUGUUAAAUUUAAGAAAAGAUUCUUCAUGUGAAGGCAUGGUAAUGUUUUGCUUACUAGACUAUCAAUUGACAGUUCUAAGCACAUUGUGAUAUCGGUGACUAAGUAGUUAGGAAAUUCUUAUUAAGCUGGAGAUAUUUUUUUAAUUUAUUUUUAUGUCAAGUUUCCACCUUUAAGACUUGACUAGCUUGAUAAAAGUCUAUGUUUGAACACUGGUGAAACAUAACGACAUGAUUCUCUUUAAACCAUAUCUGAGUUCAAAAGUAACAGCUUUGGAAAAUUGUUCUGUUCUGUACCUGCUUAAUAUUCUGAAGCUUUAGUUAUCUUAUUUUGUUUACUGUAGAGUUUGUUAUCCAUUUUCCUGUUGAGGUUCAAUUUGAACAAACAAGUGGUCACAAAAAAAUUACCAAACAGUGAAUGGCAGAUGAUUUGACAGGUGACUUUGAGAUCGAGCAGGUGGUUCAGAUCUGAUGGGGUGUCUGAAAUUGGUUUGAAAUGUUUUCUACCCAUUCUAUAUCUGCAUUGCCUCUCCUGUAAUUUGAAAUCUAAAAUACUGCCUUUGUCUAAAUAUUGACGAUACAUCUGUUUGAUAUUAUGUACUUUUUAAAAUGUUGAAGUAUGUUUUGUGACUUUGUAUUUAAGCUUUAAUGAUCUAAAUUUACUGUUUAUGCAAAGCCUAGUUAUUAUAAUUAUUAUGCUUAUUUUAUUUUACCAACAUUUUUUGUUGGUACUGUUUUGUAUCUCAUAGAUACUGAUUUGGAAUUUCGAGUUGUCUGAAAACUGAAUCUAUCUCACUUCAAUUGUUGAAAGAGGUGUUUUAUCGUAAUGGAAUGGAGAAUAUAAUGUGGUCAAUGAAUUUGCUAAUAGCUACGAUAAAUCUACAGUGGUUCCUUUAGUUUUAUCAAUUUACUUUUGAGUAACAAUUAUUAAUUUUCUAUUGAGCCUAUUUUUCCAAGAUUAAUUUAUCACCCAACAGUUAGAUUUUUCUUCCCUGUAGUCUAAUGCACAAAACUGCCCAUAAAUAAAAUGAUUUCAUUGAACCGUUUUUCUGUGAAGUAAAAAUGUGUGUAUCUAAAAUUAAAUAAACUUUUUUUAGGUGAUCUCAA